ACUCAGUUCUGUGGGAGAAUAUAACGUUCCCCUCGCCAUGAGAGUCAAUAUCGACGGAUUGCAUAAUGUGUUGGAAUUGUCGCGUCAGUACAAACUCAGACUCUUCGUGCCCUCAACUAUAGGCGCUUUUGGUCCACAAUCGCCCAGAAAUAUCCCGACGCCUGAUUUCUGUGUCCAAAGACCUCAAACUAUUUACGGCGUCUCCAAAGUUCACGCAGAACUCAUCGGAGAGACUUCCGUUGCCUGCGAUUCCCUGGCGUGA